GCAGGCCGAACGGCAUCAGCAGCAGCGCCCCUGUGGCCCGGCUCACGAAGCCGCGCGGCCUUGCCAGGGCUGCCGCGGCCCGGAACGCAGCCCAAGGUUCGGACGGAAGGUCGGCGCCGUUGAAAGAGGUGCCGAGCAAGUCGAGCGGCGGCUCCUCGGCGGCAAGCCCCGAGAGGCACUCCUUCCGGAGCGUGGCGUCCUCCGCCGCCGUAUCGCGGCUGUCCUGUUCGCGGCCGUCGUCCGCCGUGGGGCGCCUGCAGUCCUCCGCCCCCGUGGCGCGCCUGCGCGACGCCGGCGGGCGCCUGCGCGACUCCAGCAGGAGCGACUCACCGUCGGACUCCUCUACGUCAAGUUCUGGCUGCUCUUUCGAGCGCUCCAUAUCCUGUGGCGCUCUCAUUUUCAGACGUCAGACCCGUCAGAACUCGGUCUUGAAGGUUCACGGGGAGCAGCUGUCUUUGCUCGACACCUCGAUCUGCAAUGGCUGGAUGGCUGUCGGAGACGGUAUUGGCAACAACCUGGAGCGGGUGACGCACGAUGACUUGCAGGAAGCCGCUAUGCGUGGGAACGUCCCGCUCAUGCGCCAGCUGAUUCGUGCAGGGGCUUCAGUGAAUGCACCAAUGCGACCUGAAAGCGACGACGAGUUCAUGACCCUCUUGCAUAUCUUCGCGAUGAAACCCGAGUUGCCCAACGGCAUUCAGGUGAUCUCCGAGAUCAUCAGGGGCCGGGCAAACCUCAAUGUGCGAAGCUCACUGGGGUCCACUCCGCUAAGCUGUGCCUGUUUCGUGAAGCAUCCAGGCGCGGUGAAGGUUCUCUUGGAAGCUAAAGCUGAUGCUUCGCCGACAGACGACAAAGGCUGUACAGCAGUCCGAUGCGCAGUGCUGCCUCCUGUCGACCCUGGGCGUUUUGAAGCUGCCGAAUGGAUACUGAAGUGCGUGGAUGUCCUGAAGCUACUGGUUGCAGCAGGUGAGACUUCGCAUAGAAAUUUCAGCGGCAGCAUGCCGCAGCAACGCUUGCAACGCACCAUGAUUCAACACGAGUGCUCUCCUCUUGCACCUUGAUUGGUCUUCGCUGGCGGGGUUUGAGCUGCCUCCUGGUGUGCGUAUUUGUCUGUGUGUGUGCUUAGGGUGGAUGGAUUGAGUUCAGCAUAAGAGGUGUGCAAAGGUUAGGCAGCCAGCCGACCGCACGCCCCACCCUUGAAAUCAUGUGUGCGCCAGACACAACUUCAUGGCGGUCACGUUGAUGCCUCUAUUGAUCUGCUGUUGCAGCCAGCGGGGUUGCACAAAAUGAUUCAGAUUCGUCGCUUAUUGGCUACUGCAGUGAGAUUGUUCAGAUGCGUCGCUUGUUGGCUACUGCCGUCAAUCCAGAGUGAAGGUCCAAGUGCGAAAUUGUUAGAGUUCUUUGAUCGUUGUGUUGGUGUUACCUGGACUUCAU